AUGGAUGAUAAAGUAUUCCUGGACGUAGCACACGUGAAAGCUAUUAUGAAAUUUGGUAGAAAAAGAAAGCUAAGUCCAUAUUUCAUUGAGCCUUUUGAGGUUUUGGAGCGAAUUGGCCAUGUGGCUUGCCGGUUAGCAUUGCCACCGUUGCUCUUUGCACUUCAUAAUGUCUUCCAUGUUUCUAUGUUAAGAAAGUACAUUGAAGAUGUAUCUCAUGUUGUUGACUUUGAGCCCUUACAAUUGAAUAGGAACCUAAGUUAUGAGGAGAAGCCUACUCAAAUUCUUACUAGAGAAGUGAAAAUUAUGCAUAAUAGAGAGAUAACACUAGUGAAAGUUCUUUGGCAGAAUCAUCAGUUCGAGGAAGCAACAUGGAAACGAGAGGAUGUGAUGAGUUCGAAGUACCUACAGCUCUUUCAGGAUGAGAACUUUCGGAGAUGA